AUGCAGCAAGUAUGGCUAGACAAAAUCGACUGGGAUGACGCGCUUAAAUCAAUAACUCUGAUAAAUUGGCAGAACUUUGUUAAAAACUCAGAGGCUAUAGAAUCGGUUAAGAUUCCAAGGUGGAUACGUUUCACACCUGGAUCCAAGGUCGAGGUACACGGUUUCUGUGAUGCUUCGGAGAGCGCAUAUGGAGCCGCCUUAUAUAUAAGGGUGGAGCAUGACAACCACCAAACCGACAUCUUUCUCUUAGCCGCAAAGACCCGCGUGGCCCCGAUCAAAAAGAUUUCUUUGCCGAGACUCGAACUAUGUGGAGCAGUACUGCUCUCGAAGUUAGCUUCAGCAACCAUAACAAACCUUCAGAUUUCGAAAUUUACGACACAAUUUUGGACAGAUUCCACAAUUGUUUUAUCGUGGCUUAGGAAACCGCCGUGCGCUUGGAGCACAUUCGUGGGAAACCGCGUUUCAGAAAUUCUGGAAAAUGUUGGCAAUGAGAACUGGCGCCAUGUAGACUCUGAGAGUAACCCUGCGGAUAUUGCGAGUAGAGGCUGCACACCUUCCGACUUGCAAGACCAUAGUUUAUGGUGGCACGGUCCGCAGUGGUUGAUUUUGCCUAAAGGUCGGUGGCCAGCCUUUCAAGUUCCUGAAGACACAAACCUGGAAGAGAAGACUGUUAAAGUCUUGGCUACAUCAUCCUUGGAAGACCCAUUAAUUAGAUUUUCAUCAUUGUCUCGUGCAUACAGGGUGAUAGCCUACACUUUGCGUAUUUGGCGAAAUACGGGUUCUAAUCGAUCACAUCUUAGGGUUUCAUCUUUGGAGAUUACAGCUGAGGAAAUUCAGGAUGCAAAACGCCGUCUACUCAUUAUGACUCAACAGAACUAUUUCUCACCUGAAUAUCAUGAUUUACGACAAAACACUAGAAUUUCCUCCAGCAGUAGCCUUCUGACCCUAAACCCAUUCAUAGACUCUAAUGGAUUAAUGCGGGCUAAUGGGCGCCUUGUACAGUCUCCCGUUUUAACGUACGAUGAGAGACACCCUAUUCUUUUACCAUAUGAAGCCAGACUCACACAGCUUUUAGUAAAGUUCACUCAUCGAAUAACUCUUCACGGAGGAAACCAACUUAUGACCCGAGUUUUGCGAUCUGAAUUCUGGAUAUUCAGAUUAAAGCCUUUGGUAAAAAAGGUUAUCCAUAACUGCAAAACUUGUAUUUUGUAUCGAAAGCAUUCGCAGUCUCAGAUCAUGGCUUCCUUGCCACCUGAGCGAACUACAUUGUCUAGACCCUUCAAUAACACUGGGGUUGAUUUCGCAGGACCCUUCAAUAUAAAGAACUAUUCGGGACGUGCAUGCGUUAUAACGAAAGGUUACAUUUGUAUUUUCGUCUGUUUUGCUACCAAGGCCGUUCACUUGGAAGCCACAAGUGACUUGUCCUCACAAUCUUUUCUAGCCGCAUUUUCACGAUUUAUAGGCCGACGGGGCUGCCCUUCAUGUAUAUACUCCGACAAUGGGAAGAAUUUCGUGGGAGCCUCAGACAUUGUGAAAAAAGAUCGCCUUGAGCUUUUUAAGACUCUUCGGAAUCAAGUCUCACAGCUAAACGCAUAUCAAAAUCUUACGUGGAGGUUCAUACCUCCGGGCGCCCCUCAUAUGGGUGGCCUGUGGGAGGCGGGAGUGAAAUCUCUCAAAACCCACCUUCGUAAACUUAUUCCAAAGAUGAAUUUUACAUUUGAGGAACUUUCUACAAUAUUAGCUCGUAUAGAAGCUUGUUUGAAUUCACGACCCUUGAGUGCAGCUAGUGACGACCCCAACGACUUUUCACCGCUUACUCCUGGUCACUUUCUUAUCGGAACACCCAUUCUUGCGCCAGCUGAGCCCAACGUUUCUGACCAAGACUUGACCCUUGCAAAUAGAUGGAAACGGCUCAAGAUCGUUUCUCAAUAUUUUUGCAUGCGCUGGAAGUCAGAAUACCUCAAAGAACUUCACCGUAGAACAAAAUGGAAAUACCAGCAGGAUAAUCUUAGAGAAAAUGACUUAGUCGUUAUCAGGGACGAUAGGUUUCCUCCCACUGAAUGGGUUAUGGGCCGCGUUGAAAAAACUUAUCCAGGAAUCGACCAAAAUACACGAGUCGUCGACGUUAAAACCCCUCACGGUACCUUGAGUAGACCCAUAACUAAACUGGUCAAACUUUUUUCCGCCUGA